AUGCUUCUCAAGUUUGAGCCCAUCGAGGAGGAAGUCCCACCGGAGUUGCAGUCACAGGAGAUUCCAGAAGACGUAGGACAUACCACCGAGCUUCCUGAGUUUCCCGAUCACCAGCCCUCAACCUUUUUAAAAGCGGCGGCGGGCCCCGGGCGGCGGCGGAUCCGGGCCUCGGGCGGGCGGGCGGCGGCGGCCUUCGGCGGAUCCGGCUUCCUCCCGGAGCUCCGCGCGGUCCUGCGGGGGUUCCGCGCGGCCGUCGACGAGCGGGACCUCUCCAUGGACCCCGGCUUCCUCCCGGAGCUCGCCGCGCUGCUGCCCCACCGCCGCCGCGUCGCGCUGCCCCAGGCGGAGGGAAAGUACCGAUGUUGAGGACAUGUUUCUUGCUCAUAGAAGGAUUGCUUGGUCAAUGGUUAGCUUACUCAGAGUCUUUGAAUCAAAUCAGUGUGCUCAUUUCCUUGCAUGAUGACUCCUUUUGUUUUUUUAACUUAUUUUGACUUCAAUAAUUAGAUGUGUACACUAUGACUACUAUUCCAAAUACAUUCAACUCCUGAGCAGAUUAACAUGGGGUUGGCCUAAUUAUUGGAACAAGUUGUCCUUAAGUAUCUAAUAUUUUUUCCCUGUCUA